AGUCCAGAAUUCACGUGCCUUCGAGACUCGAGAGGAAAAAAUGAAGGAAAAAAAAAAUCCUCAGAUCACAUCAGACACACCUCUGCCUGGGCCCUACGGCUCCGUCUCGAUCUCGACAAGUUUAUCACAAUGCCACGCCGGAUGCCAAGUCUCUCAAAUCUGGAAUCCUUUCACGCCGCCACUCUCCCCUUUUUCCUUCUCUCUUCGUCGUUGUGGCUCCUGCCUUCCUGCCUCGGCGCAUCGACUCGCGGAGAGGGACAGCACAGCGCCUCCUCCCCAUCCUUUCUCCAUUCCCAGAUCGAAGGUCCAUACCUGAAAUUCGAGAGAUGUAGGAAGUUUAGAACACGAGUCAGAAAAAACCAUCCUUUUGCAUCUGAUUGAGCACUGUCUUUGUGCAAGAGAACAAUUUAGUUGUACAUACAAACAAAAAGAAGUGGGAGUAUUUUUCAGAGUUUAUUAGAAGAGACUGUUUCGAGGACCCAGGUCAGAGAAAGGCGAGAAGCUUUAGCAGCGGCAAUGGUCUGGUCAAUGGACCCGCAGGUGACCGUCCACGGCGACUGGGUGUCAGCCGUGGUGCCGCUGAUGAAGCUGCUGUGCCUGGCGGUGAUCGGCCUGCUCCUCGCCAACCCGCGGGUCCAGGUCGUGCCCAGGGCCACCUUCAAGCUCCUGAGCAAGCUCGUCUUCGCGCUCUUCCUCCCCUGCCUCAUCUUCGUCCACCUCGGCAAGUCGGUCACCAUAGACAACGUCCUGCACUGGUGGUUCAUCCCCGUCAACGUGCUCAUCAGCACUGCCAUCGGGUGCGCCCUUGGGUACAUCGUGGCCCUGAUCUGCCGCCCGCCGCCGCACCUGUUCCGGUUUACGGUGAUCAUGACCGGGUUCGGUAACACGGGGAACCUCCCGAUCGCGAUCAUCGGGUCAGUCUGCCACACCAACGACCACCCCUUCGGCCCUGGGUGCGACACCAUGGGCAUCGCCUAUGUCUCGUUCGCGCAGUGGGUUGCGGUCAUUCUUGUGUACACUCUGGUCUACCACAUGAUGGAGCCACCGAUGCAGUUCUACGAGAUCGUCGGGGAAGGGAAUGAGAUACAGCAGGAACCCGAGCUGGUCAGCAACUACAGUAGGUCCCUGCUUCAUGAGGCGGAGUGGCCAGGGAUGGUCGACAAGGAAACUGAGCAUUCGAAGACACCGUUCAUCGCGAGAGUUUUCAUGAGCAUUUCAGGUUCCUCACAGAACACGUUCCCUGACAUCGAUUUCACCGAAGAAGGAACUUCUGCAGCUGGACCAAGCAGUCCUAAGUCGCUCCGAUGUCUGGCAGAGCCAAGAGUGGUCAGGAGGAUUAGGGUUGUCGCCGAGAAGACUCCGAUCCAGCACGUCCUUCAGCCCCCGACGAUCGCCUCUUUGCUUGCCAUUACCAUCGGCAUGGUUCCUGUCCUGAAAGAUUUUGUUUUCGGGGCUGAUGCGCCGCUCUCGUUCUUCACCGACAGUUUGGAGAUCCUAGCCGCUGCUGUGGUUCCGUCGGUGAUGUUGAUUCUCGGAGGCAUGCUCGCGGAAGGCCCAAAAGACAACGCCUUGGGCAUGAGGACUAUCAUCGGUAUCAUUGUGGCCAGGCUCUUGGUUCUCCCAUGCAUUGGCAUCGGUGUUGUGACCCUGGCAGACAGGUUGCAUCUGCUCGUGGAGGAAAACCAUAUGUACCGCUUUGUGCUCUCCCUGCAGUACUCCACCCCGAGUGCUAUCCUGCUUGGAGCGAUCGCCAGUCUCAGAGGCUAUGGCGUCAAGGAAGCAUCCGCCCUUCUGUUCUGGCAGCAUAUUUGUGCGGUGUUCUCUCUUUCACUCUACCUGGUUGUAUACUUCAAGUUGUUUUCUUUCAUAUGAAGACAAUGGCCAUCCAUCCAUCCAUCCAGUUCUGGCAUAUAUACGUAGCUAUCAAGUAGGAUGCUAGAAGAAUGGGUUUUCGGCAUCGGCUCCUAUCAGUCAGAAGUGUUUAUAAUUCGGUAGUUAUUUAAGUUUCAGUUGUGUGUGUUGUUUGUGAACAGGAGAUACAGACAGUUAUUGUCUGUUCAUUUCGGUCGAUAUAUUGAUGUGUAUUUUCAUGAUGCUAUUGUUGUAUGCAAAUCAUUACCUGGAUAAAAUUAGUAGACCAGGAUAGACUGAUAGUAGUGAAUAACAUGGUUGCCUGAUGGUCAAUAUAUGAA